GACCUUCAUGGAAAUUACCGAGACUUAAUGUGUUUUGAAAAAGUCCUUUGGAGAGUGGGUCCAGGACUUACACCUGCAAACUUCCUGUUUCUUGGUGAUUAUGUUGAUAGGGGUGACUAUGGGAUUGAGGUCGUGUCUUACCUGUUUUCACAAAAGCUUCUGAACCCAACCACGUUCUUCCUUCUGCGAGGCAAUCAUGAAGUGAGGGAAAUCCAAAAGGCUUUUACAUUCCAGAAUUACAGUACAGGAGAGGAAACAUGACUUUACAAAUACCGCCAGUUGUGGGUUGUCUUGUACUGUAUGUCUGUAGAUUCGCCAAGAACUAAGCUGAAUGCUAGAGAAUUCUUCAAAUCAUUUUGCAACAUCAGUACUGAUUUGGGAGAUAUUCCUUUCUGUAGUGUGGCAUGAAACUGGUGUUUGUGCUGUUAGUUACUCAAGUUUUGUGUUAUUUGGAUCUAACACUGCAAUAACUUCAGCUAUAUUCUUAUUAACAAAUUCUUCAUCAGAAUAUGGGCAUUUAGCACCAGCAAUAUUCCAUGCAAUAACAAAACUAGCUUCAGUCAUUGUAUCAGUUUCCUUACUGAACUUUGGCUACUAUUGAUAAUUUUAACACAGUUAACUCUUUUUUUUCAUAAUUCUGAUUUAGGUGGAUAAGUUUGGGUGAUUUGUAUUGUAGUGGCAGUUCAAGUUACUGGCUUUAUAGUGAGUGAGUGACACACCGCAGAUACGGCACAAAGGUUUACCUCCUUUAAUGGUGAAUGCAAAAUCUUACUCACAUUCUGACUUAAAAUUCCUGUUUUCAUUUAAAUAUUUGUGUUUCUUACAAUUUGAUGAUGUCAUCUAACUUCACAAAAUUUUCACAGACAGUGCUAUCAAAUAAAUUUAACAGUACAGGUACACCAGCGAUUUUCCAGGAACUGAUGGUUCAGCAGCUCCUUUAGUAUGGACAAAAUUAUGAGAGGGCACUUAACUUCCCUCCCUCCCUCCCUCCCUCCC